UUGAGGAGGGUGUGUGCUCGAGUGGAGUAAAGAGGGACAAGGUCAGCGAGCGAGAGUCACACAGAGGAAGAGAUGCUGCACCUGUACACGAUCACCUGAGGAGGAUCAACAGCAAAAAGAGUAAAAGGAGUAAAAGAGUUUCGCAAACAUGGCGCCGCAGUGUCACGUCUGAGAGAAUCUCCUCCAGGCCAGGUCGUUGUCAACAAGGUCAGUCGCCCAGUGUCUGCAAGGUGCCAUGGCUGACCCCAGCUGGUGGAAGCUGACCUUCUCGCGCAAGAAGAAGUCCGAGCCCAAGGUCCUGUACGAGAUCCCGGCCGAGUACGGCAGCAACACCGGCAACAAAGAGCACUCCUCGGGCGGCAACAGCAACCCCGCCUCCGCGGACCACACCGACAGCCAGUUCAACGCCAGGCUGGAGAAGAUCGUGGACAAGUCGGCCACCAAGGGCCGCCACGUCAAGGUGUCCCACUCGGGUCGCUUCAAGGAGAAGAAGAAGGUCCGCGCCUCGCUGGGGGAGAACCCCAACCUGUUCGCAGAGCACAACCCCAGCGAUGAGAACCACAAGAAAAAGACAAGUGACAAGUAGUGCUUCCCUUGAUCACAGCUGUGUCAUAUAGAAAUAUAUAUAUAUGAAUAUAUCAGUGUCACGCCUGAGAAAGCUCAAAUGCUGUACACGCAAACACAACCGUGUUGCACGACACGUGCAAGGUGGAUCAACACUUGUUGCCAUGUGCACCACACCUCGAUAGAUACCGUAACCAACGGACUCACGCCCGAACAAACAAGUGGUAUCAGCAGGAAAACCUUUAAACAUUCACAGAUCAGAGAGACAUGAAAUCUCUCAAUAACUUAAUAUAUUUAAUAUGAUCACUGAUAUGAAGGAGGGGGGAAAACCCCCACUCUGCCUAUAACCUCGAGCAUCUUCGUCCUCAUGAUUGAAAAGCGACAUUACUGUAAUUAAACGUUUUUAUUCUCAUCGUUAUGUUUGUAGAGAUUUGGAUUUAUUCUUCCUUUUUUUCUGUUGAAUGUCUUAUUUAAUCAGUACACGUGGAGAUAUGUCUGUGUGUUGUGCAACCGGAGCACAGUAAAUCUUUUAUUACACAUUUUUUUUGUGAGCAAAGCAAAUACAUUUUAAUAACUUUGUUGAUACUCGUCAGAUAUGGUUAAAAAAAAACUGUUUAUAUGAUCUUUUUUUUUUCUUGAAUCCGUAGGAAGAAAAUGAUGUAUUUUGUUUUAAAUAAAUACGUGUCUGGUAUGUGUUAAUAUGAAA